GGCUUUGUUUACAAAUGGCGUCUUAGCGCACGUCAUCUUAAUUAUUGAUAAAUUAAAAUCGAAUGUUACAAUUAAUUAAAUAACAUUAGGCUAAACUAGUUGGUAAACGAAAGUGUUAGAAUCGAGGAUGCUUACUUUAACAUUAUUUCUGUUGUGUUUAACCACAAAAAGGUUAUCGGCAUCUUUCAAUACCGAUGAAUUGAAUUCGAUCAAUUACGAAGUGGAUAUCUUAAACGUCCCUGUCAAAAUUGGUGAAGAAAGAGAUUCUCCGGUUAUGCUUAUGAAAUCUAAAUAUGGACAGGAUUACGAGUGUUUACUUCCACAACUAGAACUGAAAGAUGAAAUUUUAGAUUUUAGUGAAUCAGCCACUGUUGAAAGCAGUGAUAUUAAAGAUCUCUUACAACCUCUCCAGAAUGCUCCUUGUUUAAUUAAAGUGAAACGGGGCGAACUUUGGAAUUACGGAUAAAAGAACAUGAAGCUGCCAUACGGUUAAAACAUGAUAAUUCACCUUGGUAUAACCACAUCAAAAAUAGUAACUGCAAAAUAGAUAGAAAUAAUAUUAAAAUCCUACACUGUGAGAAAAAUAUAUAUAAACGUAAAUUCAAAGAACAUAUAGAAAUAAUGAAAUACAGUGGUAAUAAUUUAAUAAACAUUUCCAAUGGCAUGCAAAUCGACCAGCAAUGGUAUAACAUGAUAGGGGGCGCAACAAGUCAAUAGUUUAUAUUUCUAAGA